AUGAGAAGUCUUUCUGAUGCUGCUCAAAUUAAAAAUCUACUUGUUCAACAAUUUGGAGAUCGAUGGAGAGGCGCAUAUCAGGCCUACGAAGAUGUAAUGUCAAAACCAUACCAAGCAAUGAUGAUAAACAACGAUCCACACUCCCCACCAUCCAUGAGAAUACUCUCAAAUUUCAUCGAGGAAUACCCUGUUGCCUAUGAGACAGUAUAA